UCUUUAAUUAAACCCAGAAGUCACCCUCCAUAACAGCAAGAAGUUCAAAGAAACAAUGAAGUCUCUCCAGUUCCUUAGUGCUGAAGCAUUCGUGUCAGAUGCUGAGUUUGCGAGGAAGAAUCUUGGCAGUGUUGCCCACAAUCUUUUUCCUCUUCUUUUUAAAGCCAGCUAUUUACUGGAGCAAAGGGAAGUGAUUCAUGACUUGGUUGAGACCUGGCCACUUGCUGACUUUAAUAUAGGAAAACUUCUGGGAACUACUGUGGACUACCAGGAAGAUCUGAGCCAUAGAAGAUGCUCAGUGUGCUUGGAGAGCUGUCUGACAGGGCUGAGAGACUAUGUGCUGAAUCAUCCUUCUCCCUGUGUGAAAAGGUUGAAAGUGGUGGACCUGACAGGUAUAAAAGAUGUUGAAGUUCAGCUUUGUGAAUGUAAGAAGACAAUGGGGAGGUGGGCCAGGACAAAGCUGCUCUCAAAGCUUUGUUUAGAAGUGCUGGUCCACCUGCAACAAACGCAAUGCAAGCCACAUGCCUUUGAAAUCAGUAUUGAUGUGCUAAUAGACUUGUUUGUUACAGAACGCAACUAUGAGCUUGUAGCGCAGGCCCUGCUGCAGAAACGUUAUUGUCCACUGAAGAUCUGCUGUGUGGCAUUUAGAGCUGACAACCUGGCUUUGCAGAAAUUCUUCUACAUCAUAAAGCUCACUGAUCCCUCUUUGUUGCGCAAACUGGAAGUAGUUCACAAUGUUCGCUUGGAAAUGGAACACUUGCAAAUACUCUUCAACAGUAUUCACUUCCCUUUACUGAUGUCCUUGACCUUGCCAGCUCGAACAUUUAAUGUGCGGAGGCUCACAGCUACAGAUGAACUGAUGCUUACUACCAUUGGAAAAAAGAUGGGUGAAAUGACGCAACUGACUGAGCUCAGUCUGGCAUUUUCUAUUCUCACAGGAAGAAUAAGGAAGCUGCUCAGCCCACUAAAAACUCCACUGAAGAUGCUGGAUGUUUCUAACUGCUCACUGAACAAUGCUGAUAUGGUCUAUUUAGCCAAUAGUAUCCAUUCUUAUCACUUGGAAGCACUGGACCUGAGUGGGCACAAUAUUCCUGAACUUUAUCCAUCAACAUUCUUUAAGCUUCUUAGCCAUUCCUCUCCAGUGCUUAGGAGUCUUGUCUUGGAGGACUGUAACAUCCAAGACACUCAUGUCAAUAUGUUGAUUGUAGCAUUAAGCCCUUGUCAGAAACUGCAGGAGUUUAAGUUUCUUGGAAAUCCAUUGUCAUCCCAAGCACUUAAACACCUUUUCACAUUUCUCUGUGAGUUGCCAGUGCUGAAAAAUGUGGAGUUUCCAGUUCCAAAGGACUGCUACCCUAUUGACAUCACCUACCCAAUUGACGAUACCAGUCUCUGCAGAUUUGAUCAUCAAAAAUAUGACAGUAUAGCAGAGGAGCUUAACUUCAUUUUACUCCAAGCAAAUCGGGAGGAUGUGAAAGCUUCAACUCCGCUCUUUGGCAGUUAUGAUGCAGCUGUUCAGGAGACAAAUGAUGAACUGGGAGCUUAUUUGAUCAAGUCCUUCAAAGAGACUUUAGAAAAGUUAACUACUUCUCUUAGCAAAAUGAGUUAAAUGUGUAACAUAUUUUCAAUAAGUUGGCCUGACAAAUCAAAAGCUAGUUUAUUCUUUUCUGGAACAGUGUCUUUCAUUGAUCAGUCUUCAGUUUUCUUUAGUUUCCGGGCUGAAUUUAUGUUGUUUUAAUAGUUCAUGGUCAUCAGAGGUUUUUUAACUAUCUUACUGCAUAACAUUUACAUAAAUACAGCUUGUUCUCAAAAGAGGGGAAAACCUCAAUAGUUUACUAUUUUACACAAAAAGCAUUUUGUUUCUUAGUAAAACAAGGUGUCUGAAAUUGGCUACUUUCUUCUACAUUUUUCUCCAGACUUGGCAAUGAGGUUUGCCACUAAACAGAAAAGACAAGGAAGUCUUUCCCCAGGUCCAGCAGGAUCCCUCAAUGACUGUGUAUAUUCUUGUACUGCAAGCACAGUAAAUGGCACAUGGCAAAUCGAAUGAUUGACUGAUAACAGAGGAUUCCCCUUCACCUCACUCCAGCAGUACAAAGUAAACUUGGCAAAAUGUAUUUCACAAAGAAGUUCUGGCACAGUUCUGCGCAGCCGGGCUUGUGAUAUCAACAAGCAAGCACCUCAAGAUGCUCCCUUUGUGGAAUUUGUGGUUUUGGCCAUUGGAAUAUACCUGGCUGCUCUCAGCUGUUUUUGAAAGAUAGCCUAGGACAAUGGUAGUAAUACAAAAAUGAGUAGUGUGGAAAAAAAUGAAUCAAGGGACAAUUUAGAAUUGUGGAAAAGGGGUAGAGAAGGCUGCUAAGUAAAUACAUAACUUACAUUCUUCUUUUUAAUAUAUUUGAUCCAUUAAAUAUAUGAUGGUAAGACUGCAAUGAAUGGACUUGAACUAUUUGUGUUUACAUAGUGCUAAAAAAAGCUAAAGGAAAUCAAAGUUGCUAAGGCAAACAUUCAUGACAUAGAAAAAAAGAAAAAAAAAAUUGGGUUACCUAUAGUCUAGUUUAUAUUUGCACAGAGUUCCAGAUGAGCCCUUUUUCUUGCCUCCCUUUGACCUUUUGUAUGAGGACUAACAGCUGACCUAGGCAACUGACUACUACUCUUAACAUUUUCCUCCCUCUGAUCUUGCUGUUCUUUCUAUCCUAGUCUUGACUCAAGUUUUCUCAGCCAAACAUAGAUGGUUUGAAUUUUGUGAGACUGAAGAUCUGCAUCUUUGUCGUGAGAAGUGGCACAUUUUGUUGCUCAGAGAGAUUAUUCCAUUUAGAAUAGAUGUAACCUAUGGGUAGUAAUUUCUGCACACUGGCUAUAAUUUCUGCAGGCCAGCUAAAAUACUAUGUCUGAAAGUGAAGACUGACUAUUUUAGAAGCAUACUGUGCUCCAACAACCUGUCCCUGCCUAUUUCAAUGCACACAAAAUAGUUUGUUCCUAGAUUACUUCUUAUUUAGGAGUAUUUAUAUGCCUUAUGAGUACUGCAGCUUUCUCACUGCUUUCUUCUUGCCAAAAAACAGUCCUGACCCCCACUUUUGUUUACUUAUUUAUCACAGACUUCUCCCCAUUUUUCAUUUUCAACAAUAUGCACCCUAUGCUGUCAAUUUAUGUCUGUCUGGGCCAGAAGGAUGUGGAGACACUAAAAAGUUUUAGUGCCCAUUCCACACUGAGGAUUAGUAGUUGUUAAGUCUUUUUCAAAUAUUCCCUUUUAGAACAAACAAUGGGGGACACAGCAUUAAAGGAAUAGUGCACAUGCAUCACUACAUGCACAGUGAUUAUGAAUGACUGACAUGUGGCUGGAGCACAUGGAUCCACGUGUCCAGUAUCUUUGGAUCCUGUUUUUGUGAAGCCAUUUGCUCUACAGCAUCAUUUCCAAGGCUUUGUGAGCUUUUACAUGGGCUGUUCCAAAAGUAAUGUCUCCUAUCUUAUUAUAUUUGUCCACGACAUCAGAGGUGGAUGUUCAUGGUAUGGCAGUAGAGGUUGAACCUUCCCAAAAAGAUUCCAUUAUAUUUCAUUGCAAUGCAACAGAUGACAACAGGAACAGUUUGAAAAAAUUAUGACUGAUACAGAAGUGCAUAUGAAGAUAAGAAUUGGAACUUAGUUCCUCCAUGUGGAAAAAAUUGCAGUUGUUUACACUCAUUCACUGACACUGAAUAUUUAUGUAAACCAAACUGUGGACGUUUGUACAAUAAAGCAGUGGGUGAUGUGUUUCAGCAGUGGCAAUAACAACAUGAAAGACAAGCCAUGUUCCAGGUGGCAAUGCACAACUGACACGCCAUGAAAUGAAAUCUCAAUCAGCUAAACCAUGCAAAUAGGUGGAUUAUGACCAGGAAACUGUAUAUGGAGCUGAAUAUUGGCUUCAAUGAAUUAGAAAUAAUGGUGGCAACAUUGGGAUAUUGCAAAGUUCGCACCAGGUCCCAUGAACGCUCACAUGGGGAAAGAAAGAACACCAUAUACAAAUUUGUCAGGACCUAUUGAACAGACUAAAGGUGACAGUUUCCUGAAAUGCAUCAUUACUGGUGACAAGAUGUAGUGUAACCACUACAAACUGUAGUCAAAACGGUAGUCCAUGGAGUGGUGACAUGUGAAUUCUCCAUGGAAAGGAACAUUCAAGAUGCAGUCCUCAUAGGGUAAAGUAACGUGUAAUGUCACUGGGGACAAAAAAGUGGUGAUCCUUUCAGAUUUCCCAGAACCUAGACAAACCACUUCUGACCACUUCAUCACGAUGCUGACUAAGAUGAAGGCUCAAACUUGCAGAAUCAGGUCAGAGAUGGAUAAAAACUUUCUCUUGCAAUAUAAUAAUGUCAGGCUCCAUACCAGUUUGAAGACUGUGGAGCACAUUGACUCUCUUGUUUGGACUGUCCUACCACACCCACCUAAUAGUCCAGAUUUAGUGCUUUCUGAUUUCCAUCUUUUCAGACUGGUGAAAGAUGUAAUCCACGGGCAGCAUUUUCCUAUCAUAGCAUCUGUAAAAUGGUGUGUCACCUCUGCUGGUGAAAAUUUUUAAAAGUAUAGCUCUUGUUCAUUGCUGGUGACUACGUUGAAAAAUAGUGUUUUGUAGCUGAGAAUUAGCUCAAUCAAAUAGAACUACGAUGUUCUUUGUAUCAAUUGUAGUUUCCAUAGAAAUAAAUAGGAGGCAUUUUUUUCAGAGCAGCGACAUAAAAUGCAUUUUGAUAGGACCGAAGCAAAAUUUUUAUUCUUUACAGUUAUGUGUUAAAAUUGUAGUCUAUGAAAUGUAGUAUUAAUUAAAAUACCUGCUUUGAAUAUUGUAGAAACCAAAAGGCAGAACUUUAACAGUCGUGAGACCCUGCUAGUAUUUAACAAAGCGGUUUUACAGGCACAAAACUGUGUUUGUCUAAAAACUUGUUUAAAAUGUGUCAUAUUUAGGAGGAGAAGGGAUUUCCACCAUUAUGGAAUGGAGUCAGUUUUGGCUUUGUUUUGUUUGUUGUUUGUUUUGGUUUGGUUGUUGUUUUUUUUUAAUUUUGUUUAAAUCACACAAUUCCCAGCUUUACAGCCAAAUUUUUCCAAAUUUUGAAAAGCUUCUACUUUUGCUUUGAUGACAGUUGCUCCUUUGCAGAAAUUCCAUCUUCAGCUCUCAGGCAUUUUACUUUUGCUUCUUGAGUUUCUUUCUUAAUUAUGGUUAUUAGUGAUGCUUUUAAAUACAGACCAAGACGUAGCAUUUUCUUGCUGACCAGGCUUACUGUAACAAGAAUGUGUGCUGUCUCCCAGAAGAAUUCCUGUGUGUCUCCUGUUCAAGAACUGCUAUUUAUAUUCUGGGCCUGGUCUUUCUUCCUCUUGCCUUGUGUGUGGGACUUGGCAUUAUGCUGUUACUACUGUAGUAUUGAAGCCCCAGUGCAACAGCUACCUAAGUAUUACAGGUUAUCCUGUGCAGGAGUAGAUAGGUAUCAGUUUAAUUCAUCUCCUUCUAAAGGACAAUCUUUCUAUGUUGCACCAACCUGGAGCCUUGUCGUUGAUAUUGCUAGCUAUGGAUAUUUUAAAUUAUGAAUCAGGACUCAAAAUGCCAUGAGAUUUUAAAAUAAAUUUGUUUUAUUGUUGUUUUAUUUCCAUGCUGUUAAUUACAGGUUUAUAUUGUAAGCAAUUCUCAUGUUUAGAUUUAUUAUUGAGCUCAAAGUUCAAUAAAGGUAAAGGAUCAA